AUGGAUAAAGAAGCACGCGGUGUGAUCAACAGUUCACAUGGCGACCUGAUAUCUUCACAAAGAAAAAGGAAGUGUUCCGCCACGCCAUCGAUUGAAGACAUGGAACAGUCGUCGGAUUUCAUUCGUCGUCUAAAGACUUAUUGGUUUGAUUGGCGCGUGAAGCCAUUGUGCAUGUCGCCAUGGAUGUGUGCUCGCAAUGGCUGGGAGGUUGUGGAGAGGGAUGUGCUACGGUGUUCGUCUUGCGGAAACUUUUUAUCUGCACAUUUACCUCCGAUGCACGAUAUAUACUCAAAGCAGAAAGCCGUGGAGAGAUUCAUGAGCGGCGUGGUAGAUGCACACCAGGAAAAUUGCUGUUUCCGAUUGCAUCCUGUUCCAGAAUCCGAAUGUUCUCUGAUAAUCGAUGAUAAAUCUCAGAUUUUGCAAGAAAUUAAAAAUCGCCUUUCUAGUCUUAGCCGAGUGAGCGAAUGUAUCAGCGAAAUGAACAUCGUAAGUACCGAAACUAUGGGGAUCAAGGCCGAGAUAGAUUUUCUGAAUCAGAAGUUCUUCCCUUUUUUGCAUGAGAAGUUGCUCUUAUUAGGAGUUAUUGGAUGGGUCACAAAGCCUGAUGUGCAGUCAGGGUUGCUAGCCAUUGAAUGCCAAUAUUGCUUUCGAGAAUUGCUGAUAGGUAAGUUUUUGGUCCCUUCUGAUGACCGCUUCCGCCAUUGGGGAGACAGCUCAACUCCACGUAAUUCGAACUUGGUCAAAGAAAGAAAGUUGAGCGAAGAGUCUGCGGUGUUAAAUCCGGAAACGGAGCACAACCGUUGGUGUCCUUGUGUGACCCAAGUUGGAUUUCCGAUGCUCGUUUCUUCAGACAAGCAAUCAAAUUUUAAGCCCUUAAACCGCUGGCGAUUUGCUUUGCGUACGCUUGUUGACGGCACAAAGCAACGUUUGGGCGCAUCAGACGAGCAGCAACCAGUGCGAGAACAAAUUAUUGAAAAAUUAUUGGAUGAAAUGGUGGACAUAACUGCAGAACGGAACCAUUUUUAUACGUGA